AUGGCGGCGCUCACGCCGCCCGCCCGCCCGUGCUGCGUCAUGUCGCGCCCCGGCCCCGCCGCGCCCGCAGGUGGGUCCGGCCCGGCGCGGCCCCGGGCACCGCGGGGUGGGCGACCGGCGGCGGCGGGCGCGGGGCCGGCGGUGCCUGGCGCGGCGCUGCUCCGUGGCGUACUCGCGUUUUCGGGGGGUACGCGGGCGGGGCCGCCGCCCCCCCCCCCCUUCUGCUCCGGGCGGGUCUCGGCGCUCCUGAGGGGCGAGCGUGGCGGGGGGCGCUCCGCGGGGAUGGGGAGGGUCCCCGUCCCGUUCAGUCCCGUCCCGUCCCGCGGCUGUUCCACGGUUCUCCCCCGCCCCCGUUCCAGGCUCGCCGGGAUUUGUGUUCAAACCGCGCUGGGGAAGAUGGAAAUGAGGUUUGUUCCCCUCACGCCUCGUGAGCCCGUGCAGGCUGAGAGCAGCUCGCAGCGCUGGAAGAUCCUCGACCCGAAUUUUGGUUCCUAUGAAACAGCUGCAAAAAUAGACCAGCCCCAAACGAGCAGGAGGUGGAACUGGAGUUUAAAAAACAACUGGGCCAACUUAAACAGGUUUCAAAGCUUCUGGAACAUCUCAGCACCUCCAUUUUGCCAGAAAUGCCAGCUCAGACACCUCGAGGCCCCUCUUCGCUUCCUGCAGCUGCAGUCCCUGUGAGCACAGCUGGCACUGGGAGCUGCUCCCCUCGGAGGGCACUGCAAGGAUCAGCCAUGCUGGCUCUGGGGAGACUCCAAACUCCAGAGGAGCCCAGUGAAGGUGUGGGAUGAGCUGGAAAAUCCCAGCUCCUGGAAAAUCAGGCAGCAGGAGCCUGGCAGGCUCAGGGCACGGUGCCAGUGCUGCCGUCGGGGCCGUGCCCGUGGUGAUCCCGCUGUCCCACAGUGGCUCCAGCAGCUUUCCUGGCUGGCUGCCACUGUCCCCACUGCUCCCUGACACCCAACACUUGAGCAGCAUGAGCCAAGUGCUGCUGGCUGGCUGGAUUUAAGGGGGAGGAAGGGCUGCCCCAUGGGGGAGGGUUGGUUACUCUCUCUCCACUAAAUCCAGCGUGGGUGGAUUUGCCCAGAAGGUGCUGCUUAAAACCACUCGGAGCUGCUCUGCAAGAAGGCACCGUGGUCAUU